AUGAGAGAGAACUGCCAAGCCAGGAAUCCCUACGACGGGAUAGAGUUUCUUUCAGCUGUUGCUGUCCGUCUGACCCGAUUGGUCAUUCAGACAUCCAUUCAAACAUUUCCUGAGCGCCCAGACGCUGCAGGGGAAACGUCUCGCUCUUCGCGGACGCGACCCGCUUUUCGAGCCCUCCGCUUUUCCAGCCCUCGCUACCAGCGCACAGGCGGACCCGGCGGAGCAGCGGGGCCCGGGACGCGCAGCCCCUCCACCGCCCGGCUGCAAAACGACCAGGCGGUGGAGCUCGGCGGCUCCCUGACCCCAAAGCCGCCUGCCCGGCCCCUCGCCCGGUGGCCCUGCCCGCCGCACCCGCGCCCCGCCCCACCCAGGCGAAGAGGCCCGGGAAGGCACUCCAGGACUAAGGCGGGACCGCGGGCGGGGACGCAGGGCCGGGCGUCGCAGGAAGGCUGCCAGCGCCCGGGCUCGGAUCCCCGCCCCAAAUCCCCCCUGGUCCCGGCGCCUCCCGGGCCGACAUGCUGCUCUGCCGGCCUCCAGGCGGGCCCCAAGCCCCAGCCCUCGUUUUUUCGUUUGAACAAAAUCCCCCUUGAGCCUGCGGCCUCUAAACUGUUUUAUCGUGGCUGCCGCGUGGGACUGAAGGACAGCACAGAAAACCGCGGCUGCGGCCUUCGUGAGGAGCUGGUUGCGUCGGCCGGGACCGGACAGACCCCGCGGGCGCGAGAGGCAGGUGGGAGGCGCCGGAGCCUUCGCGCAGCCCCGCCCGCCGCCACCUGCCCGCUUUCAACGAAACGCGUUGCCCAGGCCCAGGCUGGCGGCCGGGUCCCGGCGAGUGUGUGCAAGGAAGAGAGAACUCGGGGACUGUCUGGGUACCGCGCCCGUCCCGUCCUGACUGAGACUCUCGGAGCUGGCUUGUAGAGGGCGGAGAGCCCCCAGCCAGGCCCGGGGGUCCCAGAACCCGAGAUGAGCUGCAUGGAGCGCCGGAGGCGGGCGGGGCCAGUGCCGGAGUCUGCCCAGGGGAUUUCUAAUGCCUUUAUAGGCUGGAAAAAUAAAGAUCAAAACCAAACCAA